CCGCAUUCCUGGUUAAAACAAACCUUUUACAUACCACACCUUGGUCUCAGUUGGGAAACACGCUCAAUUUCACACGACGACCAGACAACAACAAACUCUCGCAAAGUCUCGCUGUGCAUUCUGGGACUUACAGUUUGUGCCACAUAUCCGUUUAGAAACGGCAACUUUGUACAGUCACACCGAGUCCAGCGGCAACAACUGCGCUCUUCGCUUUCAGGAUGUGUUCCCGGAACUCUUGUUCAAUAUUUGGAUAUCGUCCGGUGUAGUUAAACCGUAGACUUUGGAAAUAAUCGCUAUUUGGGAAACUUUGGCGGCUCGAUAGCUAAUGAAGAAUAGCUAGUUAAGCGAACCGUGGCGAAGAUUAGCUAACUGAGCUAACAACCAUAUUAAUUGAGAGGAGGAGAGUGCGCGUUUCUGUAGGUUUAUUUGAAACCAGAGACUGUGUCUUGGUCUAAAUCUCAAUACCCAUCGGGCAUAGUUUGGGACAUACAUAUGGCUUUUUAAAGCUACUAUGGAGUACUGCAACAUGAAUCACAAUAAGCUUAAUUUGUUGUUGGGGUUGAGAUCGGUGAUGUUAUCAGCUGUGGGAGAUUGCUUUCAUUGAUUUAGCCGUUCCCUGACCAAAUAAAUGCUAUGAGGUUGCCAGGAUAUUUCUCAGAGGAGGUGUGUUAAGCUGUGAUCAUCGUUUUCAUUUGCAAAGAAUGUCCGACCUCGAAAGUUCCGGUUCAUAUUUUGGUUUGGACGAUCCGCAGUGGUUAUGCAUGGUCACACUUUUCUUCGCAUCCCUGGUUACUUUAAUACUGUAUUUCGUACAGUAUUUCCAGCAAGGGGGUGUAGGAAAUAAGCAGACAGCAGCAGAGGACAAUGCGGCGAAGGAGGAAGCCGGGGCUCUGCUGGGAUGGGCGCUGUCACUGAAAAGCUGGAAAAGUCAGUGGCGAGGAGCUUGGUGCAGGGCUUUGAAUGACCAAUCAAGGAAGCGAGGGGGUCCUGUUGUGUUGAUGUUUGAAGAGGAUGAUCUUGACUCAUCAGAACUAAUGGUCAGCCAAGUGUCUAGCUUUCAGAAGUCUGCCAGAAAAAAGGCCGCUUGCUGCAGUGUGAUCGGGAAGAAGCUUCAGUUCUCUCUCAGUGCAGCAUCGACAGCCAUGACUACAGCAGAUCCUUGUAAAUACACAGUCUGUAUAGCUCCACUGGAGCUGCAGCUUGACCUACAGAUGCAAGAAGCUAAAGAUGAGGUCAAGGUGAGCUGGGGAGUGUCUCACCUGGAGACAGGGGAGCUGCAGGUGACGCCCACUUUCACCCAGGACAAUGCCAGCACUUCCAGUGUAGCAGCCAUGAAGGAGCAGUUGAGGCAGCUGUUGUGUGCGACGCGUCCCUCUGUGUUGCUAAGCUGCAGGCCUGCUCAGGCCUCAGAGGUCAAGGAUGCACGCAACAACGUGGUUUCACCCCCAAAACCCCCCCGUGCCCACGACUGGAAGCUGCUGGUGAAGAACAUCCGGGUGACACUGAAUCAGGAGGAGGAUGCUGCAGGCAGCAUGAAUCCAGUGUGUGUGAUGCAGUUAGACGACCCUCCACAGAGGUUUAACACCUCUGUGUUGAAGAACACAAUCAAUCCUGCCUGGGACCAGCCCUUUAUCUUUGAAUUGAAUGGACGAUCAAAAGAGCUCAAUAUUCUGUUAAUGAAUAAUGGACAACCUCAAGAAAAUUCAUUACUUGGUCAGGUGUCGGUGCCUUUUGAUCUGGUAAAGAAGCAGCCCAAAGGACAGCAAACAUUUGAUCUUGUGACCAAAGACGUAGUGACCGGAUCACUUACUACUGAUUUUACCUACAUGGAGCCCAGUGAGUUGAGGUCCUGGCACCCUCCCACCCCGGCUUCCAAUAAGAGGGUGGAGAUGGACCGCACAGUCAUGCCCUGUGGCACGGUGGUCACCACCAUCACCGCGGUGAAGAGCAAGCCUGGUCGACCCCUCCCUCUUGGACUCAACAUAGAUCCUGCCCAGAAAGCGGUGCUCAACAAGCCCAAGCUGUCAGAGCGGCGUGUGUCCGAGCAGGCUUCUAUGCUGGGGGGCUCAGUCAGCAAGGCCUUGUCCUCUUCCGACACUGAGCUGCUCAUGCUCAAUGGCACGGACCCAGUGGCCGAGGCCGCCAUCAGACAACUCCACCAGUCGGCCAAGCAGAAGCUCAAGUCCCCCGUGAAGAAGAGUACCAUCAUCAUCUCCGGCAUCGCCAAAACGCCCUUGUCUCAGGAUGAUGAGCUAGCUCUGAUGGCGGACUACGCUGCAGCGAUGGACGCCUCGAUGUCGGAAAGCAGCUCCACUCAGGAUGUGACCACAGCGAUUGCAUCCGGGACCAGUAGCCCUCCAGACAUGUCUGAGCCGCAGGGGGGCCCCAGUGGAAUAGGCCGGCCUCCAGAGGACUGGGAGAGCCACACCGGAGAGGAACUCGACCAUACCUCCCUCUCCAUGUGCGUGUCUGAGGCGAGCUGCAAGAAGAGAAGAGGCAGCUUCCUUCAGAAGAGUGCCAAGCUCUUCUUCCGGCGGCGUCACCAGCGCAAGGACCCGGGGAUGAGCCAGUCACACAACGACCUGGUUUACCUGGAGUCUCCUGCCGCAGUGGAGCGGGCCAGCCGCACUGCCACGCUUAGCCGCAUGCUCAACCGCAAGAGUAAGAAGAGCAAAGCCAACGGCUCUACCUCCAUGGGGGAGCCACAUGCGUGACACCCCCCCCCCCCCCCCCCUCGCACCUCGGUCCCUCCUACAACAACUACCAUCACCUCCACCUCAAACUUGCACUGGCAGACUUCCUCCCCCUAAUUCCCGACCUGCAUACUGGGGCUCCUGCAUUGUGAAUAGGAAAGCUGCGCAGAUAUCCUCUUUUUACUGCCAUUUCCUGCUUCCUAUAAGAAGCAGAUAUUCACUAAAAGCAAGUGCGUGCAUGUGUAAAUGAAGGUCUCCCGUCUUGGAUUAAUGGUAUUUCAGAGGAUAUUAUUUUGCAUGUUUCUUUUAUUUGAUUUUUAUCCAAGAUUUUGAAAUCUUUAAGUGCUUUUGUGGCCUUGUUACCCAACAGAAGGGACUGGUGUGGGCUGUAACCCUUCACCCUCACUGACGCUGAGGGUGAAGAGUAAACUCUCCCUGCUGUAAUCCGUACAUUUACUACGGUGGACCAACAGGACCAAAGAUGAACGGAAGAGUGGUAUUUGUAUGAUUUGCACAAUUGUAGUAUCUUUAGUUAAAGUGCAAUGACGGGAGCUGCUCUUGUGAUGGAGAUUAGUGUUGAAAACAUUAACAAAGGGAUGCACGAGCGGUGCAAAUGGGACAUAGUAAUACGACUACUUCUUGACACUAAUACUAUGAAAUAUGGUAUUUAUAUCAAUUCAUUUAAAAAUCCUUGUAAUUGUAUUCCACAUAAAACAAGAUCAGAACAACCGCUGUAUGUAAUGUGCAUAUAAAAGCUGUAAAACUAUGCUAUCCGCAAAACUUUCAGGCUUAUGUCUAACAAAGGUUUUAGAGCCAGUCAUGUGUGAUUGGCAUACAGAGUUCGUGUUAUCCUGCAACACCAGCUGUCAACAUAAGUUAUUAAUCUUCCAAAAGGACACUGUGGCUAACAUGAAACUAGCUAUAAGUGAGUGUUUUCAAAUGAUAUGCAACUUUCUCCUUUGUCUUCCUAAAAGGAUUCUUCCUGUACACUACUGUUAUCAGCAGGGUUGUUAAUGUGUCAAAAAGGAACUGAAUGAACCUUUAUCCAGGGACUGUGACGUUACACUCGGCCAUACUUGUCGCAUUACGUACUAACGAAACUUGUUCUACGCUCAUUUCAUCCGAAUGAAAUCCUCGUUCUUUUAUUGGAUGUUUUAUUGUUUUUAUAAGAUGUAGCUUUGAACACGUGAACAACAGAGUGUGAACACCUUUUGGGAGCAACCAAAUCAUUUGGCUGCUUUUUACUUUAUUUUAACCAGCUAAUGAUUGUAUUUUCUUUUUGUGAGCAACUUGUUGAAGACAUUUCUGUCCACCAUGACUACUGUUUCUUCUUAAGCGAGUGUGAUCAGAGAAUGGAUGCAGCAGUGACAGACAGAACUAACAGAUCGCCUUAACGUUAUUCUGAGGAUGAUGUCACAGGUUGACUUGUGACUUUUGGUUCCCGAGGCUGCAUCCACCAUCACAUCAGAGGACUGAAGGACUGUAGCGAACUGAACGGCUGAGAGACGAGGGUACCACCGUGUUCCUGCACCAUCAGCAAUGUCUAUGUUCAAGAAGCCUAUGCACAUAACAUAUCUGUUAACUGAGUGUUUACAUUAUUAGACUAUCUGAGAAUUAAAAACACUCACUUGCUGUUCAUGACACUGUCCUGCAGAUACAGUGUGACUUGUCUUUGUCUUGGUAUUUACAUUACAUGGUAGAGAUGUGAUCACUUCGAUUACCUUUCAGACAGAGUCGCCUUUAAACUCUUGAGGAAGGGAUGGGGAAACGGGUUGUUUAAUCAUGCGCUGCUUCAGAGUCCUCGCUUAUGGCAGCCUGCAAGCAUUGGCUACUGUUAUGCAUUCAGUAAGCUUUAGGGCUGGGUGUGAUUGAAAAGCGACUCCCUGAUGUGUUUUUAGUGGCAUCAGCUCUGUGCACAGAAACAGUCCGACUUAGCUGUUGUGGCAGUAUGUCAGUCAUUUCCCUGCAGGGAUUGUAACUAAUAAACAUCGAGUUAAUUCAU